ACACAAAGCUUGCAAAAAUGGAUAGUGUCGAGUAUGGUUGAAUGACUUGUGCAGUGAAAAUCAAUGACUAACGGUUAGAGUGUCAAACUUGCUGAGUGUUUAUUUAAAUGAAAAGAUAUGGCACAAUAUUUUCAUUUGUAUAAUAGAUUCAAACAGAAAAAUUAAAAACAUGUGACGGAUUUUAUAUCACUUUAUCAUUAGAUAUAUUUUUCGCGCACCUGUUGUUGAUAAUUGUGAAAACUUGAAUAACGAUGGAUCCAUUGAGAUUAAAAAGUGGGCUUCCUACACACCAAUCGUAUUACGAUAAACUUGUUAAGUCAGGUAGAAUUACCGGGAAAACUCGAAACACGACAGAUAACAUUAUAGAACCAAAUGUUCACGAUGACAUUGAGUGUGAGAAUCCAUUUAUUACUGCCUCAGUUUCUCCGGGGCUGGAAAUACCUAGUGAAAAUAGGGAGAAAAUCAAGGCCAAAAACUAUGCAAUGAGAUCUAAAUCUCUACAGGAUUUAAAAAAUGCCAGACGAGAGAUUGGACACAGCCAGUAUGGAAAUGGAAUGGAUUCUGAAUAUCUCCAAAACCUCUACAAGAAAUAUCCGCACACUUUCCACAGAAGAAACCCCAAAGAUUCAAGGAGACCCUCAAGGCAAAUGUUCAACUCAGGCCUUCAUGUUCAUUUUGACGACGAAGUUCAUUAUAAUGACGAUGUUUGCAGUGUUAGUUCAGAGAGACCAGCAAUAACCAAAUAUGACAGAGAAAUGGAGAGGAUUUUUGGUCACCAUAGACAUCCUCGGUCAUGUUUAACAAGUCCCACUCCAUCCUUAAUUCUGGAUUCUGCAGAAAGGCACUGUGAACGUGGUCCAAGAUUGCCUCCAAAAACUAAGUCAUAUACUCUGCCCAGUCGUCCUCUGCACCAUGGAGACCUAUCUGAACCAUUGAAAUUUCAAAGACCUAGCCAGUCAGAGAGUGAUUAUGGCUCAGAUCGUAUCAAAUUGUUAGAACUAGAACUCGAGAGGAAAGAAAAACAGAUACAGAGUUACAGACGGAGAUUGGAGUUUCAGCAUCAGACCCCCCACAAUACUAAUAGUACCUUAUCUGACUCCUCACACUGGAGAGUGCUAAGUCCAGAUUCCCCUCCUGACAGUGCCAUUGACAUAGACUCUUCCUCAGUGCAGUCCUCUAACUUGGGACCCUCACACCUGUCACCCCGAAAUGAUCACUUACCUUACGACACCGGUCACCUGAACCCAGAAUUCUCACCAAAAGAGAGAAAGUAUGGCUCCACUGGUCACCUGAAUCAGAUAUCCAUCGCUGGUUAUCUGCAGCAAAGGCAGAAUGGAAAUCUUGUGCAAAACAGCAAUAAAGAUUCUGAUGUGGAUUCCGGUAUAGCACAGUCAUUAACGAGGAUGACGUUGGAUAAAGGAAUUAGAGACCUCCACAAUGGGACAUCCAUAUGGGAUUCUAGCCAUCUGCACCACAGACCAAUGUCAGCCAUGGAGUUUGGUCAAACCAGGCAUGCUGUAGACAAGUUUGAAUUCCUAAAGGACUCCAGAAUUUCAAGGAGAAAAGAUAGUGAUGAUGAUUCCAUCAUCCAAGAAAUACGGCAUCACCCUGUGAUGGCUGAAUACCAGUUUAGGGCAGUGAACCAGCAAGAAGAAGAGGAAGAGGUGGAUGACUCUGACCCUAGCUUUGGGCUUCCAACCAUUACAGAGGAUGAUACUUUUGUUAGAGAAAUCUACCAACAAAGGAAGAAGCCCACUCCUUACAAAAUAGUGCAGCGGUGUCUGACGGCAAGACCAAAUAGUGCUCCCACAUGGAAGAACUGUGCUAGUGAAAGCCAUGUAUCUGUGUUGUGUACUCCAAGGAGGAAAGAAAAAACAUGGAAAUUUUCUGCAGUAAAUCCGAGGGAAGAAGAGAUGGAAAAUGUCCAAACUUUCAAGAGCAAAUCAGAGAGUCAUCUGCAUGGGAAGUCCGAUGCCAGGACUUUUGACCGUGAUGUUGACCAGUUCAAGUUUAAUCCUAAGAUAGAGGAUAAGAUACGAAGACACUCCAGAAAGUUGUCUCAGUCCAGUGAUUCUGACCAGUCAGAGACAACUCUCAUUUCCUCCCAAAUAGCCCUCAAUGAAAAUCAUCCCAUUGGUGCUCAUUUCGAUCACAAAGACUUACCCAUUGCUCCUAAAUCUCCUCAUAAUUUUAACCAAAUGGAAAGGAUGCUUGUAAAUGAUAACUCGUCUGCAAGACCAGGAUUUAGGGAGCCAUUAUCAAAAGUGCAAUUCAGAAAGGAUCUGAAGUUUACAGAUUUGAAUGAUGAUGUUUUAGGACAUACUGAGGAAAGUGAUACAACUAACUCUGGCCUUUUGGAACCUGAGAGACUGAUGCCAUAUGAAGCUUCUGUGAUAAAAAUGGACCAACAAGGUUUGGCUGUGGAGGACAUGAUGGAAAGUGACUCAGACAAUGUAUUUGCUAAGCCUCUAGUGUUAAACAAAAUUCCAAAGUCAGAUCAACGAGAAAAGGAUCCUAGGAGUAAAUCUCCAGAGAAAGUGACCAGUUCCCAUGUUACAGUUAGCAGGGAAUCAUCAGCUUCAGUGCCAGAGUCUGAGAAUACAGAGCGGGCUUCUGGUUCUUCGGAGCUGUCUGCAGAAUCGGACGACAAUCAGGAAGAUGGAAAUGCAGCACCACUAUUUGAUGAGGAGGAGUAUGAUCCCCAGGACCCAGACUAUGCAACUGUUAUGUGUUCUGCUGAUGAUGGAAUGAAUCAACUCACCCUAACAGAUCCUGUACAAGAACUGAAUGAAGAAAAACCAGACACGUCACAUCAUAUCUAUGCCAAAGUGAAACAUGUUAACAGAAAAACAGAAAUACUGGACUCGGAGCAAGAGAAGGGUAAAUCUAGUAGCCCAGAGGCAGACAUUAGACUCCAUGGUAGUGGAACUAACAAUACUGAGAGUUAUGUAGUGGAAGCGGGUACUAAGCUUAGUAGGAAAGUGUCACAGAGUACCCCAAAUGUUGCAGAGACCUCUACAUAUAAAUCUAAUCAGGAAGUUCCACCAUUACCUGACAGGAAUUAUGGGAGCACCACCAACUUGGCCAAGAGUAAGGAGCUAAGUGGAUCCAGGAUUUCUCUGUCCAAUAAAAUGAGCAACCUUCGGGCAGCGGCAAAGAGCAAGUUCAAGACUUUGCGAAAGGCCGUAAGUCUGGAUAAAGGAAUCAACAAGACACAGGGGGAGUUCCGCCCAGAGGACCUCUCGGCGGACAUGCCUCCCCAGGGGAAACCCCCCAAAGCCAAGAAGGGGAGGUCACUCAAGAAAUUAUUUGGGAGGAAAAGUUCCAAACACAGAUCCACAGAGAUCUCUAAUCAUGGAAGUACAGAGACAUCAGAUAAGGUAGCCGUGACUGGACAUUGUAGUUCUAUAGAGUCCAGGACGUCAGAAGACGAGGUCUCGAUCAGUCAGCUGAGGGAAGUACUGCCUGAUGGGACACAGAUCGUGGAACUUAACAGACGACACAAGGGACCAAUCGGAUUCUACAUAGCAAGAGGCAGCACACAAUUCAAACAUGGAAUCUUUGUGUCCCGAUUCUCGGAAGACGUAAAUGCUGAUGAGCGUUUUGCUGGACUGUUAAAUGUGGGAGACGAGAUAUUAGAAGUAAAUGGACACAAUAUCAGUGACGCAUCACUGGACGACGUAUAUGACCUCAUGGCUGACCAGUGCUUAGAGGUCAAGAUUUUACCACUGUUGUCUCGCAAGGAUAUUCACGAAGAGUCAUCGACGUGCUGAAUUUCUUGGGAGCUCAUCCAUGUUGAAAUGCCAUAAUUAUUCUACAGUUACUGUAGAAAUACUUUUUUUCUGAAUGGGAUUUAUUAAGAAAUAUGUUUGAGGUCACAUAUUUUCUGUGGAAAUUUUUCACAUAUUUUAAUACAAUGUAUUUAUAAAUUCAUAAAUUGGCAAUCCGAAAAAUCUGAGUAAUUUUAUACUUGUGGAUUGAACAGAUAUUGUGAUUCUGAGGAAAUAUGACCCUGUGAAAAAGAAUAUGAUUCUGUAGUAUUAGCAUUUUUGUUAUGUACAAUCAUGGUAUAAAGAUGUUUAUUUAAAAUUUUUUUUUUUCAAGGCCAAAAAAAAUUAAUUAAUACUUUUUCAGGCACCGCCGCAUCAGUUCAAAAACGGCCGCAUUGAUCAAUUUUAUGACAUAUUGAAAAGAGAGAUAACUCAAUUUUCUAUUUUUCCAAGUUGAAAAAGAAAAUCGAGUUGUUCCCCUUUUCAUAAGUGCUAAGAUAAACGUUUUUUAUUAGAAAAACAAUGCAUUUCUUCUUAAUUGUCAGUAUUAUAUUAAUUAACUUUUAAAUAAAUGUUUGGAGUAACAUUAUUUAAAGUUGAAUACAUAUUACAACCAAUUUCAGAGAACAAAACUUAAGAAUUGGUAGAUAUUAUCAUUAUAUUGAACAAAUGGCUUAGAAAAGGUGUUAAACCUGCUUCCAAAAAAAAAAAAAAAAAAAGCCUGCCUGCCUGCCGCAUUGAAUUCUAAUUUUUUUGGCCCGAGAAACUAUUGAUUAAUUAUUUUUGGCCCAAUAGAUAUAACUUCAUUGCACUAUUUUACAAUAUUUAUUAUAAAGGAAUAUACCCUCCCUAACAUGUUUUAUGGUAAGUUACAAACUUACUAACAGAAAUGUACCUUUACUUAAACUGUUAAAUUGAAAGGUGUGGUGAAUUUUACCUUUUAUUUUCAAACCAUAUUUAUUUAAUGAGUUAAAUUAAUUAACGAAAUUUUGCCAAAAAGUACAUAAUGAAAAUGAAGAUAUAUGUUCUUUAAUAAUGGAGAAUGGUAUUCAACUCUGGGUUUUUCAAAAUGAAAUGUUGAAUUAAACUAUUUUGUAUGAACACAAAACCAGUUUUCUGAAGCAAGCCAUAUAAAUUAAUGUAAUACUUUACAAAGUAAACACACAAGUCAAUUUCAAAUACAGAUGUGGUGAAACAUUCUGUUAAAUGCUUGAUGAGUCUUCCACUAAAUUUUUGAACCACCUGUUCAAAUUUUGAGCAUGCCAACUUCCAUUCUGAAUAUGUAAAUGUUUAAUGUUCUCCACACACAGAAUUAUUGUGAUUUAUGUAUAAUUUUAAAGUGGAGAGUAGUUUUAGAUGUAAAUGUUCAAGAUUUGGUUCUUAUUCAAGUCAUUCAAGACCCCAAUUAGGAAACGGAUAACUUUCAAAAUUUAAAAGUUAUUGGAUUCUGGAUAUUUUUUGUUAUUUUUUGAAUUCAUUUUUGGUGCACUACUAAAUAUAAUUGUUUAUGAAUUAGUAAAUUACCACAGCAAACUAUUUUGUGACAUGAAAUACUGUUGCAUUUAUAGUCUUACACAACAUCAAAAACUCAUCAUAUUUCAUCCCAACUGAACAGAAAAUUCAUCGGUCAAAAAGCGUUAUGUCCAUAUCGUUAUGUCCAUAUAGCGAACAACAUUGAUUGUUGCCAGUUGUCCUUAUGUUGUUUUAAUUCAUUUAUAGACUUUUGAUUAUUAAAAGGUGUAUUUUUAUCAAGGACAUAAAACAAAACAACUAAUUUUGAAGUUGAGGAUGCUAAAUAUAUAUAAUUCAGUAUAUACUACAGCUUGAUCGUUUUUCGAUGAAAUUUUCAGAAAACCCCCACAAUUGAAAGGUUGUGUCUUUAAAGUUAAAAAAUGAUUUAAAAUUUACAUGAAUUAAAUGUGAAUUUACACAUUAUUCUAGACAUUGUAAAAGGUACAGAAUGUGAAGCUGUUACCUCUACGCAGAUUUAAUUAAAUCUUGCCAUAUCUUUUGUGAUUUUAACAUUUGAUAUUACAGCAUUAUUUAUUACAUGUAUUUAUUUUGGUACUUCAUAUUUAUUGCAUGUAUUUUACAUCUAUAUGUGUAUUUAUAAUACAGAAAAUGAUAUUAACAA